AUGUUCGCAAGACGCAUCGUCCUGGCCUUCCGCCCAGCCUUUCGCUCCACCACCCGAAGCUUCAAAACCGCCGGCCGCGCAUCGCCCUUCGCAUAUCGAUCGCCCAUCCAUCAAGGUUCCCGACUCUUUACCCAACUUGAUGCGACGCCUAGGAGAAGGAUAGACUGGCAAAAGACAUGGCAGCGAUCACAGCAGAAGCGUGGCUACCGGCGGCAGGCCUUCAACUACCAGCGCUUCAACUCCACCUCUGGUCUCUUCAAAAGAUGGGCAGCAAGGCCAACGUUCUACUAUGAAAUAGGAGGAAUCGCGGUGGUCGUAGGAGGCGUCUACACAUACAACCUGGAGACAGUCCAGGUGUCUGGCCGGCGACGUUUCAACAUCGUCAGCGCCGAAACAGAAGCUCAGAUGGGAGAGCAAAUGUACGCGCAGACGAUGCAGGAGUUCCAGGGCAAGAUCAUGCCGCCGUACUCGAAAGAGCACCGACAAGUUCAGCGUGUGCUCGAUAGACUGGUGCCGCACUCUGGACUGGAAAGUGAGAAGUGGGAGAUCUUUGUCAUUAACGAUGACAUGAAGAACGCCUUCGUGAUACCUGGGGGAAAAGUAUUCGUUUUCCGCGGCAUUCUGGACAUCUGCCAAGGAGAUGACGGCCUUGCUGCUGUCCUGGGCCACGAGAUCGCACACAAUGUGGCACACCACGCCGCCGAACGAAUGUCUCAGUCAUUCGUCCUCAUGGGCCUCACGACCAUAGGAUAUGCCGUCUUAGGAGUCGACUUGGGCAUAGGACGCAUGGUCACUCAGCUCGCAUUCAGCUUGCCAGGUUCGCGAGCUCAGGAACAAGAAGCAGACUACAUUGGUCUCCUGAUGAUGGCCGAGAGCUGCUAUGACCCGAGCGCGGCAAUGGGUCUCUGGUCAAGAAUGCAGGAAGAGGAGAAGGGAGCCCCACCGCAGUUCUUGAGUACGCAUCCUAGCAGUCAUAACAGACUUGAGAAGAUUCGCGGAUGGCUACCUGAAGCUGAGGUCAAAAGAGAAAGUGGAGAUUGCUACGCGAUGGGUUCGUAUGCGAACGACUUCAAGAGAGUCGCUGACUUCUCUCGGUGGUAA